UAUACUGCGUGAGGAAAAAUGUGCUUAGAUGAGCUGGUAAUACAGUAAUUUUUGAAAUUACAUGCUGUUUUAUUUUUAAAAAAAGUUAUAUAUUGCGUUGGACGAAGAUGGCAGUUAAUACGUUGCGGUUCAAAACAAACUAUGCUGUCUCGAGCAAAAUUGAGCCAUUCUACAAGGGAGGAAAAGUGCAGAUAAGUCACGAUGAACAGUACAUCUUCUGCACCUGUGGACCACGAGUCAACAUUCUGCAAAUUUCCACAGGCAAAAUAGUUCACAGUAUUGAGCAGGAUGAUCAAGAGGAUAUUACAUCAUUUUCUCUCAGUCCUGAUGAUGAGAUGCUGGUGACUGCUAGCAGAGCUUUGCUGCUGAAGCAGUGGGACUGGAAACAAGAGAAGUGCACCCGCUCAUGGAGGGCCAUCCACAAUGUCCCUGUGGCCAGCAUGACUUUUGACUCCACCUCUACUCUGCUAGCAACAGGUGGUUGUGACGGCACUAUAAAGCUGUGGGAUGUAGUCAAACAGUACUGCACACACAACCUGAAAGGCUCAUCUGGUGUUGUUCAUUUGGUUCAGUUUCAUCCAGACAUCAGCCUCCUGCAGCUUUUCUCCUCCUCGGUGGACUGUGGAAUCCGCAUAUGGGACCUUCGCACCAGCAAGUGCAUCUGUGUACUUGAAAGCCACUUCAGCGCCGUGACUUCGCUGGCCUUUUCCUCCAGUGGUGAUACCCUGGUCAGUUCUGGGCGAGACAAAGUCUGCACAGUGUGGGACCUAAAGCAAAGAAAAGUGAAGAGAACUGUUCCUGUGUAUGAGGCUGUUGAGGGAGUGGUCAUUCUUCCAGAGAAUGAGGAUUAUUCUGAGCUCGGGGCAGAAAGCAAAGAGCUACACUUCGUCACAGCUGGCAGCAAAGGCAUGCUGAGGGUGUGGGAGUCCAGCUCUGCCCGGUGUGUGUUUACACAGACGCUACCCAAUGCUCCAGGGUCCAGAUCGGAAGAGGAAGACGGGGAUCCUCUCAGUCUGCUCUACUGCCUGUUUCUGCCUCUGUCUAACCGCCUGGCUACGGUCACCGCCGAACACAACAUCCUGCUAUACCAGCUACCCUCACUCAGUGUCCAGCAGCAGUUUGUGGGCUACAACGAUGAGAUCCUGGACGUGAGGUUCCUGGGAAAGGAAAACAGCCACAUCGUAGUGGCCACCAACAGCUCACAGCUUAAGGUGUUUGAACUGGCCACCAACAGCUGCCAAAUUCUGUACGGACACACAGAUAUUGUUCUCUCUCUAGAUGUGUUCAAAAAAAGGUCCAUGUUUGCAAGUUGUGCCAAGGAUAAUUCUGUGCGUGUGUGGAAGAUGGACACUGAAACUGGUCACGUUCACUGCAUGGCUCAGGGUCAUGGCCACUCCAACGCUGUGGGCUCCAUUUCCUGCUCCAGGUUAAAAAAGGCCUUCCUGGUCUCAGGCAGUCAGGACUGCACUGUUAAAGUCUGGGAUCUGCCAGAUGUUUUUCCUGAUGAAGGUGAUGAGCCGGUCCAGCUCGAUGCUCGGAUCACUGAGAAAGCUCACGACAAGGAUAUAAACAGCGUGGCCGUUUCACCGAACGAUAAGCUUCUAGCAUCAGGUUCUCAGGACCGCACGGCCAAGCUGUGGUCUCUGACAGACAUGAGCCUGGUCGGAGUGUUCCGCGGUCACCGCCGAGGUAUUUGGUGUGUCCAGUUCUCCACAGUGGACCAAGUGCUGGCCACCGCUUCGGCCGAUGGUACGAUCAAGCUCUGGGGCCUUCACGACUUCAGCUGCCUCAAGACGUUCGAAGGUCACGAUGCAUCUGUGCUGAAGGUUAUAUUCGUCAGUCGAGGGACUCAGAUCGUUUCUGGUGGUUCUGAUGGUCUUGUGAAGCUCUGGACGAUUAAAUCCAACGAGUGUGUGCAGACUUUUGACGCUCACCAGGACAAAGUGUGGGCACUGCAUUGCAACACCAGCGAUGACCUCAUAGUGACAGGAUCUGCCGACUCCAACAUUACGCUGUGGAAGGAUGUCACAGAGGAGGAGCAAGCUGAGGAGCAGGCAAAACAGGAGGAUCAGAUACUAAAGCAGCAGGAAUUGUCCAACCUACUUCAUGAGAAAAACUUCCUCAAGGCUUUGGGCAUCGCCAUCUCAUUGGACCAGCCACACACUGUUCUCCGCGUCAUCAAAGAGAUCCAGCAGGAGGAAGAGGGCACAGGGCAGCUGAAGAUAACUGUCCUUAGGUUGCGGCAGGACCAGAAGGAGGCUCUGCUUCGAUACUGUGUGGUGUGGAACACGAAUGCCCGGAGCUGUUUACAUUCCCAGGCGGUGCUGCAGGUGCUUCUGACCCACCUUAGUCCAGAAGAGCUGCUGCAAUUCCAGGGUGCACGCACUCAUCUAGAGGGGCUCAUCCCGUACACCGAAAGACACAUGCAGAGGAUCGGACGACUGCUCCAGAGUUCCAUGUUCCUGGAUUACAUGUGGAGAAAGGUGCGAGUGACUGGAGGAAGAGACAGUGGGGCACCACAGGAGGAGAUGGACACCAGCCCUCAGGACUUAUUCAUCAUAGACAACAAACCCACACAGGACAAGUCGAGUCAGCAGCAGGAUGACAAAGAGGAUCACGACAGCCAGGACGUGGAGGGACUCGACAGCAGUGAAGAAACACCCGAGUACGAUGACAGUAUCAGUGCCUGGAAAACUGCCAGCUUUAAAAAGGGCAGGGGGGUCAACGGGGUCAAAACCAGAGCCCAGGAUUCCAGCGGAGAAAGCUCGGCCGAGGAAGACGACGAUCCGGUUUCCGCAUUUCCUUCUACUAAAGCUGCGGUAUCGUCCAACCGCAUUCUGACAAAGGCGAGGUAAUCGUGACGCCGAUCGGUACCGAAUACGGACAGUACGCCUUCAGAGCAAACAGGAAGUAGGGCUUUUGGUUACCUUAUAUGGACGGCUCAUGUGAUGCUAACCUGUAAAAGAACGUGCUUUAGCUUUUUAUAUAAUGUCAGGGAAUUAAAAAAUCGACUUGCAAAGCUUUUGUUGUAACUGUUAUCACACUUUUAAAUAAACGCUCAUCUUUUGAGAUCAAAA